UUCUCCCUCCCUCGCGCUGCUGGGGCGUGACGUCAUCAUGUGACGGUUAGGUCCACUAGUCGUCUCCUGUCAGGACUGUACCACCGCUGUUUAGUGCAGAUUAACCCGGUCAAAUAACUGUCCCCGAGGACCGGACACGGUUAGCUCGGCAACGGAGCAGAUUUUCUCUCUCUUUACGUUGGAGUGGUUUCCUAAAAGUUACUCGUAAAUGUAGUCUAACAGCAGCAAACAGACGUCGCGAAGUAAAUAGAGAUCUGGACAGUUAGCGAGCGAGCUGCUAGCGAGAGGAGAGCGUCUUAAAGUAAGACGUCGGAGGUCCAGACAGCGGGAUAAAACGAGGAAAAUGGAGUUAGAGGACGGUGUACUUUACCAGGAGGACCCAGGCUCUUCGGCGAUGAUGUCCGAGCGGGUGUCCGGCUUGGCGAGCUCCAUCUACCGCGAGUUCGAGCGGAUGAUCGGUAAAUACGACGAAGACGUGGUGAAGGAACUUAUGCCGCUCGUCGUGGCGGUUCUGGAGAACUUGGACUCGGUGUUCGCGGAGAAUCAGGAGCAUGAGGUGGAGCUGGAGCUGCUAAAGGAGGACAACGAGCAACUCAUUACCCAGUACGAGCGCGAAAAAGCGCUGAGGAAAAGCGCCGAGGAGAGAUAUAUUGAGUAUGAGGAUUCUCAAGAGCAGGAAAAGAAAGAUCUACAAAGCCGUGUGCAGAUGCUGGAGGCUCAAACCAGACAGAUGGAGCUCAAGACCAAGAACUGUGCAGACCAGAUUGGAAGAUUAGAGGAGCGUGAAGCCGAGCUGAAGAAAGAGUACAAUGCCCUCCAUCAGAGACACACAGAGAUGAUCCACAGUUACAUGGAGCACUUGGAACGUACCAAAUACCAGCAGAUGACGGGAGAGACCACAGACAAUGCGAGUCAGAGCAGAAUUAGGAAGGAGCGUCCUGUCUCUCUGGGUAUUUUUUCAUUGCCGGGAAGUGAUGUGAUGACCCCCGAUCUGCACAGGGAGGCUGUGGAGACUCCAGGAACGGACACAUGGAGAUACAACAAUAUCAGCCACCCGCGCUCCAACACCAGCCUUAAGCUGGAGGCGAAUGAAUCCCUCAGGAGAGGGGAUGGUAAGAGUUCACAGGAGAAUUUGGAAACCCAGUGGAGCGACUCCAGUAAGCAUGUCUGUCCUCAUCGCAGGACAAGAGCAUGGUGUGCAGAGCAUGAGGAUGAACUUUCUGAUGCCGGUAGGGGAGAGUCCAAAUCCGGCACGACCAUGUCUGCAGCGACGUCAGCUGUAGCGAUGGACACGCCGCGGACGGAGGAGGCCGAGGGUUUGAACAGGAACCUGGGCUCAAGCAGCGCUAAACCCGACAGCAGUAAGAACAUCGGCGUACAGCAUGCUGUGGCAUCUUCAGGAGCCGAUCAAAGUGAGAAUGCAGAGCGAUCAGAGGUCCAGGCGAUCAUUGAGUCCACACCAGAGCUGGACAUGGAUCUGAGUGGAUGCAAAGGCUCCAGCACUCCCACUAAAGGCAUCGAGAACAUGGCCUUUGACCGUAACACUGACUCUCUCUUUGAGGAGCUCUCAUCAGCAGGAACCGAUCUCAUAGGAGACGUGGAUGAAGGCGCUGAUCUGCUGGACGAGUUCUCUGACCUUAAUUUAUUUGGUAUGGGUCGUGAAGUCGAACACCUGAUCCAUGAGAACACACAGCUACUGGAGACAAAGAACGCUCUGAAUGUGGUGAAGAACGAUCUGAUCGCUCAUGUGGAUGAGCUGGUGUGUGAAAAAGAUGUUCUUCAGGGGGAGCUGGAGGUCCUGAGACAGUCCAAAGACAAACUGGAGGAGAAGAACAGAGAGCUGGAGGAGGAGCUCAAAAAAGUCCGAGCUGAGCUGGAGGAAGCCAAAGUGAAGACGAAAGAGGACGAUGAUAGUGACGUGCCGACGGCCCAGCGGAAGCGCUUCACACGGGUGGAGAUGGCCCGGGUCCUGAUGGAGAGAAACCAGUAUAAAGAGAGACUGAUGGAGCUGCAGGAGGCCGUCAGGUGGACGGAGAUGAUACGAGCAUCAAGAGAGAAUCCAGCCUUGACUGAGAAGAAAAAGUCCAGUAUCUGGCAAUUAAGUUUCAGCAGGCUCUUCAGCUCUUCAUCCAGCACCACAGCGAAAAAACCCGAUGCGCCGGUUAACAUGAAGUACAACGCACCCACCUCACACGUCGUCCCUUCGGUGAAGAAGAGGAGCAGCACCCUCUCUCAGCUGCCUAGUGACAAAUCCAAAGCCUUUGACUUCCUCAAUGAGGAGGCUGAGGUAGAGAGCGUAGUUUCGCGUAGAGAGCAGAAGAGAGCUCAGUACAGGCAGGUGAAGGCUCACGUGCAGAAAGAGGACAGCCGGAUGCAGGCGUACGGAUGGAGUUUACCUCCAAAAUACAAGGUUGCAAAUGGUGGACAAGGAGACAAAAACUUGCCAGUGCCCGUCUACCUCCGACCGUUAGAUGAGAAAGAUGCUUCCAUGAAGCUGUGGUGCGCUGCAGGAGUCAAUCUCUCAGGUGGAAAAACACGAGACGGAGGCUCCAUCGUGGGAGCGAGUGUGUUUUAUAAAGAUGUGUCUGGAGGAGAGAGCGGCCCCAUCAGCCCCAGGAAGAAGAGAGGAUCACAGAGCAGCCUGGAGCGACUGGAGCAGGAGCUCAAGGAGCAGGAGAAGGAGCUGCGGCAUCAGGAUGAGCUCUCCAGCCUGGUGUGGAUCUGCACCACUACACACUCCACCUCUAAAGUCAUAGUCAUCGACGCUAACCAGCCCGGAAACAUCCUGGAGACCUUUUUAUUCUGCAACUCUCACGUGCUGUGCAUCGCCAGCGUACCUGGCGCUCAUGAGACGGACUAUCCCGCAGGAGAGGAGCUGAGCGCAGACGGUGAGGCUUCUAAAGUCAGCUGUACGGCAGCAAACAGCUCCACGGGUUUUGACGGAGGUCUGGAAGGCAUCACUGUCAUGGGCUGCUCUGCAGAAGGACCUGUGGCGAUCCCUCAAACCGUCUGCACCAACUCCAUAGAGUCCUCAGACACUGAUGAGGUUUUGGGGCAGCGGCAGCAGGAUGGGGUAACGGCAGCAGAAGAAGCUCUGGAGGCCACAGAGAGCAACAGCAACACGCCUGCAGAUGAGAACCAGCCCGGGAUCUACACCGAACACGUGUUCACCGACCCGCUCGGCGUGCAGAACAGCAGAGACACACCGUCCAGCUACACCCAGAGGGAGUGUGAUCUGGUGAAGGACGGCGUCAGCUCGAUGCCCGAGGAGCAGGAUCUCAUGAGAGAGGAAGCCAGCAAGAUGAGCAGCGUUCUGCCUACAAUGUGGCUCGGGGCUCAGAACGGCUGUGUAUACGUGCACUCAUCUGUGGCGCAGUGGAGGAAGUGUAUUCACUCCAUCAAGUUAAAGGAUUCCGUCCUGGGGAUUGUUCAUGUGAAAGGACGUGUUCUGGUAGCUUUGGCUGAUGGCACGCUUGCAAUCUUCCACAGAGGUGUUGAUGGCCAGUGGGAUUUGACCAACUACCACCUGUUAGAUCUGGGCCGUCCGCAUCACUCCAUCCGCUGUAUGACUGUAGUGCAUGAUAAGGUCUGGUGUGGAUACAGGAACAAGAUCUUUGUGGUGCAACCCAAAGCCAUGAAGAUCGAGAAAUCGUUCGACGCUCAUCCUCGUAAGGAGAGUCAGGUGAGGCAGCUGGCUUGGGAUGGAGAUGGCAUCUGGGUGUCCAUUCGUCUGGACUCGACCCUCAGACUCUUCCAUGCACACACAUACCAGCACCUGCAGGAUGUUGACAUCGAGCCGUACGUCAGCAAGAUGCUGGGCACCGGUAAGCUGGGCUUCUCUUUCGUGAGGAUCACCGCUCUGAUGGUCUCCUGCAACCGCCUGUGGGUAGGAACCGGAAACGGUGUCAUCAUCUCCAUCCCUCUGUCAGAGAAAAGUAAAGACGCAGCGGCGGCGGGGUCAAAUCGUCCAGGCGGUGCAAUCCAUGUCUACGGUGAUGAGAGCGGAGAUAAAGUCACGACAGGCACGUUUGUGCCCUUCUGCUCCAUGGCUCACGCCCAGCUGUGCUUCCACGGACACAGAGACGCCGUCAAGUUCUUCACCGCAGUCCCAGGGCAGGUGAUUCCAUCUGCAGGGACAGGGGUCGAGGCGGCUGCUGACAAGUCCUCCGACUCACCAGAGCUGGUGAAGUCAGUGCUGGUCGUGAGUGGAGGAGAGGGUUACAUCGACUUCAGGAUGGGAGAUGAAGGAGGAGACACAGAAAACAUCGGCGAACCCACUCUGAACCUGCAGCCCUUCCUGGCCAAAGCCGAGCGCAGUCACCUCAUCGUGUGGCAGGUCAUGACCGGCGAGGAGUGACGUCGCUCCAGACGCACUUUGUUUGGACCUCUUUUUCACUCCCUUCUGCUUUAUUUAAGACCUUUCAAGCACUGGCUUAUAGAAUUUCUAUCAUGCAAAUCACGAUUAUCGACGAAGAAUGAAGUAUUCAUACUGUUUGUGCUUUCGCUAAGUUUUCCGAAGACCUUCGCACAUCAUCUUUGGCAAUACAACGGUUCCUUCACGCAGUUAGGAUGGCAAAUAAUGGGCGAUUCAGUCCAGUUUUUUUGGGCGAGAGCACAACGGGCCGAUGCACAAUGCACUACAUCGUGCCUAGAAGAGCUUUUGUGUUUGUUUUCGCUGAAGAAUUGCUUUCUCAAUCCUUAAAUCAUCCAGAUACUGUGAGCGCAAAUGCAAUAUUUUCAUAUGAAUGUCGCACGGUUACCAAAGGAUAGAGAAAUUGAUUUAAUAGCCUCAUUGAUGGACUCUAGACAAACUAUUUUAUCACUCCCCCGUCACGCAGAUCCACGUCACGUUUUGCUCGUUCGCCGUCUUUUUAACACUAGAGCGGUUUUCGCAGAAAGUAGUGUGUAGAUAAAGGUGCAGAGACAAAUGCUUAUUUUUAUGACACUUUUGUACACGUCUUUUAGACUCUAAUGUGUGACGGCAGGCGUCCUGCUGAUGCUGCACUGCUGUUGUGCUUGCGUUCGUGCUGAGCUGCUUCGUUUGCAGGAGAGCAGAAACAACUUCCUAUCGCAAACUAGCCAUUGCAGUAUUUAUUUCUAUGAACGAGCCUUUGCAGUUCAGAAUGUAACUUUGUACAUUGAAUAUAAAUAUAUAUACGAAAUACAGAUAUGUAAAUGAAAUGUAGACUGCUUGGAUUUGAGUUUUUUUGAUCAUGUAAAUCAGGUUGAUUGGUUGUGGGCAGAUCAAUCUUAAUAACAGACUACAGAAAUGUACUUUCACUGAGCUAUGCACUAUUUUUAAAGAACAGCGGGGGUGUGUGUGUGUGUUGUGUUUAGAUGAGUGUGUUAUGCCAGCAUUUUGUGGACCGGAAGAGUUCACCGUCCCAUAAUCCUCCAUGUUUGGGCACUUCCUGUCUGUAAGAAUGGAGCGGACAUCAGCGUCACCCAGUAUCCUCUCUUAGACUGUCGUCCCUUCAAUAUCUCCUCCAAGCUCAUCUUAGCCUUAUACUUUUUAUUAAUCUAUUAAACUGACACUUUUGGGGAA